AUGUUCAUCGAUUUUCUGCAACACAGCAGCGAUGAUGGAGAGGAGAAGAACAGGGCAAGGAGGGCGUGGGGUUGUGAUGAUGUGGGACGACAGGUGCGCAAGGCGUUUCAGCUGUGCGAGACGUACUGUGAACAGCGUGGCGUGAGCGAAGAAGUGGCACGAUUCAACUGCGUCCGAUCGUGCGUGUCGCCAAGCUGCCUUGAGACGCUGUACGGCGAGGAUCCGUAUGAGCUGGGAGAGCAUGACGUGCGCAUCAACAGCUUCCGCGGGUGCACGAGCCAGGACUUCUCGUCUGGGAACCGAGGUCUCGACACAAUCAGGGCUUUAUUGGAGAGGGAUAACAUCGACGCAGAAGCGGGAAGUGGUGCAAGUUGGAAUGCAGACUAUGAUGAAGACGACGAAAGAGAGCGAGACCGCGCGGAGCUGUAG